AUAACCAGGUCAACAACCAAUCAGCGGAUUGAGCGUCGAUGGGUUGACAUUGGGACCAACUUCGCACGCCAUUGGCGUGUAUUCUUUCUGCGCCUAGAGGAACUCCAUGGCCUUGACCGGAAGAACCCUCACCACCUUUGGCUUCUGCAUUGUCUGUUCUUGGAUGACAUACAGGAAGACUGUGAUCUGUUCCGCCACACGUGGAACCAUCAUGGUGCCUCUGGCCCACAUAUGCAGGGCCAAACACCUCGUGAUGUACGAUGGCUUGCAAACAUCACAAACGGCAAAUAUAAUGAGCCAACAGACACCUUUGCCAAUGUCAAUCCUGACACGCUCGCGGAACAUUAUGGAGUUCAUGGCCCAGUCCAUGUGCGGAAGUCACAUCAGACGGGUGCUGGUCAUCCUCCUGAUGAGGAAAACGACGGUAUUGAAGAGUGCUUUGUGCAUGAAGAUGCAGGGGUGGUUCUAGCGCGGCGUCUCGCAGAGGAACACCGUGCCAACCUACGCCAUGAGGCAAUCAAGGUCCCGAGGCACACAAGUCCAUUUGCGUCUGAACAAUUCGAGACCGCAUUCUUUCAGACCCUUGAAGAAGUCUACACACAGAAUUUGAUUCCCUCAAACAUGGCGGUUUCGGAGGAGGAAUGGCCUGACAAUGGAUAUCCGACAGAGGGGCAGCUCAAGGUUGGGCGGGUGCGCAUAAUCACCAUUGCAAUGCCCCAUUCGGUUUGGCUUGUUCGUGCACGGCGCUGGUGCCAGGCAUUGGACCUAUUAACUCGGGUUGUGUACUAG